CAAAGCAUCUAAAAUAUUUAAUAGAGAUGUCUGAAAGUGGUUCUGUGUAUGUGAACUACACUGAGCAGGGAGGAGAGUGCGUACGGACCGUGGCAGAAAAUGUGGUUGAUUCUCAAGUCAAUAACACACAGAGGAAGCAGCAAACUCCAAGAAGAGGACUCAGUGCUAAAUGGAGGACAUUUUACAGCCUGACUACUGUUUGUGCUGCUGAUGCUGAUUGUUGCCACAGUGAUGGGUGUCAAAUUUAACAACCUGACAUCAGUAAACAAGCAGCUACAGACCAGUUACAACAACCUGACUAGAGAGAGAGACCAGCUACAGAUUAGUUACAUCAACCUGACUAGAGAAAGAGACCAGUUACAGAUUAGUUACUUCAACCUGACUAGUGAGAAAGACCACCUACAGACGAGUUACAUCAAGCUGACUAGGGAGAGAGACCAGUUGAAGAACAAGUUAGCAGAAAUAGAUACACAAGCCAAACUCGGAUGGAGAUACUUCAAUUCUAGUUUUUACUACAUCUCUACUUCGAGGAAGAACUGGAGUGAAAGCAGACAGGUCUGCCUAAACAGAGGAGCAGACCUGGUGAUCAUAAACAGCACAGAGAAAGAGGAGUUCAUCUCUUUACAGCUUGGCAGCAGUCGGGCUUGGAUUGGUCUGAGUGACAUUGAGGAGGAGGGGGUGUGGAAAUGGGUGGACGGUACACCACUGACCACUGCGUUCUGGGCGGUGGGGGAGCCGAAUAAUGCUUUAGAUGAGGACUGUGCUGAGAUCAUGCUUGUUCUAGGCUGGAAUGAUUUGCCAUGUUCUGCUAAAAACUACUGGAUCUGUGAGAAAAUGUGUUUUAGUUGUAUGGGUAAUUGAGUCUAUUUAUUCAUGCCGCUGAAUGCAUUUAGCAUUUAAAGCAUACUGUAAUGCUCUCUAAUUUACUAACCUGCUUAGAACAUAUAAUUCAUUUAAUACAAUUCACAGCAGUUUCUUAUCAGGUGACACCUUUCCCACUUGUCUCAAAUGCAGACCGCUGCUUACUAUGGCACUGUUUUUCUUAUCAUAGACAAUGUCAGAUAGACACACAGACAAAUAAAUUAAUUAACUUAUUAAUAAAUAAAUAAAAUGUUGUGUGCUGUCAGUGAGUUCUUGCACAUUAAUACAAUCAAUUUAAUUGUUCACUUUAAGAAAAAUGAUCAUAAAAACAAUUCCAGAAUUGAUACUGAUAUUUCCACCGUAUAUACUGUAGCUGACUCUAU